AUGAUCAAAUCGGUCACCUCUCCAAUCCAAUAUACCCCAGUUAUCCAGAAUCCCCUAUACCGACCUUUUGAGGGUCUUGAUAAGAAAGUCCAAUUGAAGCCGCUUGAGAGGCUACCGUGCGAAGCGCAUCUCUCUUGGAAAUUCGAGGCAGAUCCAUUUCAGCAGUAUAUCUUGCAAGCUCCAAGCUGCCUUAGCAGCACCACAAUCACCGCCACUAGCGCAACAACUUCACAAGGCUCAGUCUCUGUGAAAUCAGAGACUCCGAUCUGUGACCUGCUCGUGGCACGAGGAAUCCUGCCCAAUCGACCUGUACGGCGUGUGAACCACAAGGAAACACAGGAUGGACAACACUCCAAAAGCUGCUCCAGAAAUGGAAUUCACCGAGUGAUCAUGCAAUUACGGAUUGAAGAGUUGGUGCGCAAAAUAGCCGAACAGAAAGCCACAUUCCCAAGACCGGAUGAGGGCCGCUAUUUGUCCUACCAAGACUAUAAACGUAUCAUCGACUGGGUUCCACCUCCGCCAGCAGGUGCCGCCUUGUCCAAUCAAGACUUUGGACGCAAUAUGGCCUAG